AUGGCUCAAAUGCAUCCACAAGGUAUGGAAAUGCCCGACAUGUCCAAUGCCAUUGUGGCACAGGAUGAAAUGGGAAGACCAUUCAUUAUUGUUAGAGACCAAGGUAAUAAGGAAAGACAGCACGGACUGGAGGCGAAAAAAUCACACAUCUUGGCGGCCCGCUCCGUGGCGUCGAUCAUCAAGACGUCUUUGGGUCCAAGAGGUCUUGACAAAAUCCUAAUAUCACCCGAUGGUGAAAUCACCAUCACUAACGAUGGUGCUACAAUUUUGUCACAGAUGGAGUUAGACAACGAAAUCGCCAAGCUCUUGGUGCAGCUUUCCAAAUCCCAGGACGAGGAAAUCGGUGACGGUACGACCGGUGUGGUGGUGCUGGCAAGCGCUUUGCUCGAUCAGGCGCUCGAACUGAUCGAAAAGGGCAUUCAUCCAAUUAAAAUCGCCAAUGGGUUCGACGAAGCGGCCCGGAUGGCUGUGGUCCACCUUGAGGCCCAAGCAGACGACGUGGCGCUCGACGAAUCCUCCUUUCACGACUAUUUGUUCAAGGCUGCCAAGACCUCGCUGGGGUCCAAAAUCGUAUCCAAAGACCUCGACAGAUUCGCACAAAUGGCCGUGGAUGCUGUUACUAGCGUGAUGGAUCUGGACCGGAAAGACGUGGAUUUUGAUCUUAUCAAGUUAGAGGGCCGUGUGGGUGGUUCUCUACAAGAUUCCAAACUCAUCAAAGGUGUUGUUCUUGACAAAGAUUUUUCUCAUCCACAAAUGCCAAAGUUGGUCAAACCUAAAGAGGGUCAGGACGGCGUAAAACUUGCCAUCUUGACAUGUCCCUUCGAGCCUCCCAAACCAAAAACUAAACACAAACUCGAUAUAUCAACUGUUGAAGAAUAUCAAAAACUGCAGUCCUACGAGCGGGAAAAAUUCACGGAAAUGAUCAACUACGUGAAGAAUGCUGGUGCCGACGUGGCGAUCUGUCAGUGGGGCUUUGACGAUGAGGCCAACCAUUUACUAUUGCAAAAUAACCUGCCUGCCGUAAGAUGGGUCGGUGGCCAAGAGUUAGAGCAAAUUGCAAUCGCUACCAAGGGUCGUAUAGUACCUCGUUUCCAGGAUCUGUCGCCCGAAAAAUUGGGUACGUGCGGUAAGAUUCGUGAAGUCGAGUUCGGAACAACAAAAGACCGCAUGUUGGUCAUUGAAGAAUGCUCAAACUCGAAAACGGUGACUUGUUUCAUCAGAGGUUCUAACAGGAUGAUCGUAGACGAAGCUAAGAGAGCUCUCCAUGACUCUCUCUGUGUUGUAAGAAAUCUGGUAAGAGACUCCAGAGUUGUUUACGGAGGUGGUGCUGCCGAGGUUACCAUGUCGGUGGCGGUGUCUGAAGAAGCCGAUAGACAGCAUGGUAUUGACCAGUAUGCAUUCCGUGCCUUUUCUCAAGCUCUUGACACCAUUCCAAUGCUAUUAGCUGAGAAUUCCGGGCUAGAUCCAAUUGAAACUUUGUCCCUGCUGAAGAGUUCCCAAAUCAAAGAGAAAGUCUCCACAACAGGAGUGGAUUGUCUGUCCAACGACUCGAACAACAUGAAGGAACUAUUUGUUGUUGAUCCAUUGAUUGGUAAGAAACAACAAAUUCAACUAGCCACUCAGCUUUGCAGAAUGAUUCUCAAAAUUGAUAACGUCAUCAUAAGUGGGAAAGACGAGUACUAA